CAGAUGUACAUCAUGUAUAUAUAGAUGUUUGUGAGAACUUUCAGGACUACAGAAUAUCUUGGAAGUGUGAACCAUGGGACCGUUACACCGAACAGAAUCAACAAACGAUGACCGUUACCUGGACGAGAAGACAGUGUCCAAUCAUUUUACGUCAUCAAUAAUGUCUGAAUCCAGUCAUUCAGAGAAAGCUGGCGUAAAAAAUGGCGUAGUUCUGCAAAUUACGUCACAACAAUCAAACCAAGAAGAGGAAGGGGGGAACGAUGUAGUAACGUCUACAAAGGGAAUCAUGGGAAGACAAAAUGGCGGAUUUGUCCGGGAUCAGAAUGACCCGCUACAUGAAGUAAAAGGAGUCGUUAAUCAGGAAAAUGAUAUUUACCAAUCUCAGAAACGACAUCACAAUUCACCAUACGAGAAAACUGACAAUUCCGGAUCAAUCCAUGGCAUCGACUCAGAAAGUAGUAGUUCAACCCCCGUGACGCAAAGAAGUCGAGCUCAAUCGAAAGUUUCAUUUUCAGACGACACAAAAAUAGAAAUAUUCAAGAGGAUGGACAGCAUUCCUGCUGAAGGGGAAAGUUUUUGUGAGAAACUGACGUCACUUAGAUGGCAGACGGCACUUAUGUGUUGUCUAGUAGCGUCAUUAAGUAUCACAGUUCGACAGUGCAUGAGUAUGGCCAUUGUGUGUAUGACCGACCAGACGACCGAACUUCUCACCAAUACCAGUCAGGAUAAUGUCUCUCUCUUUAAUACCUCCGUCGAGAAGAGUAGCUACAUGAUUCAGUGGGAUAUGGAAACACAGGGACUUGUACUUUCAUCUUAUUACUACACGUUUCCCCUCACGCCUCUCAUUGGUGGAUUUUUGGCGGGAAAAUUUGGCGGGAAAUACGUUAUCUUUAUGCAGAUUUUCCUCAUGUGUGGAGCCUCUAUUUCAAUUCCGUUUGUCGCCUAUAUCGACCCGAUAUAUGUUAUGAUUGCACGUGCUGUAGUCGGCCUUACAUCAGGAGGAUUGAUGCCAGCUACGGUUCAACUUUUAUCCAAAUGGGCUCCACGGUUGGAGCGUUCCCGGAUGUUGUCCAUCGUCAAUUCAGGACAAAGCAUUGGGAAUAUCUUAACCUUUUUGCUGUCUGGUUUUAUCUGCUUGAUACCACUACAAGGAGGAUGGCCCUUCAUUUUCUAUAUAUUCACUUCACUCAAUCUUCUGGCUAUUCUCCUAUGGGCAUACGUAGUCUAUGAUUCACCAGAAGUUCAUCCCAGAGCAACUGUAAAGGAAAUACUAUAUAUCAUACAGGAGAGGCGUAGCAGUACAUCAAAAAUGCCAUCACCACCAUGGAAAAAACUGAUAACUUCGGGACCGUUCUGGGCUAUACUGACUGCACACACGGCGCAUGGCUUCAUCUUCACAGUGAUAGGAACCUUCCUACCUCUCUACAUGAAGGACGUCCUGAUGUAUGACCCUACCUCGAAUGGUGUGUUAUCCUCUCUGCCUUUCAUUGGACGAUUUAUUGGAGCUUUUGGUGUAGGAUUUUUGGCUGAUAAAUGUAUGGAAAAGAAAUGGUUCUCAACGGGAACGACGAGAAAGAUCCUGCAGUGUAUCGGUAUGAUUGGUUCGGCCCCAUUUCUGAUUGCCCUAAGUUACAUGACUGUAGAGAGAAGGACAUUGGCCGUUGUCCUACUGAUAUGCUACUGGACGAUGCAGUCAACAACAAAUGCUGCCUUUCGUGUCAACCAUCUCGACAUAGCACCGACAUAUGCUGGCGUGGUUAACGGCAUUACAUUGACGUGUGCUUCCUUAGCGGCCCUUGGUAGCUCCUGUCAUCACGGCAGCCAUCACUACAAACGGAACACGGGAGGAAUGGCAGAUUGUAUUUUCCAUAUGCGUAGGACUAGGGGUGUUUGGUGCCAUUGUUUUCUGUAUACUUGGAUCGGGAGAGGAGCAAGAAUGGGCCAAGGAUCCAAACCUCGACAUAGAAAAGGAGAUACGCCGAGUUUCUAUGGAUUUACAGGCACAAGCUGUUAACUCAAAUGGGGUGCCAUCUGGUUUUACAUUAGGUGGUAAACGCAGAAAAUCUUCAGAGCAACCGCUGACCGGCAUCUCAUCAAUUAACGACCAGGAAAACAGUAGUAACGAUUGUGUUAGUUCCAGUGUAGAAAAAAUAAAUUUGUCGUUUGAAAUGGAGACAACUGUAAACAGUGUUUCUUCGACAAAUAGCCAAGAACAACCGGAGAUACGUUAUCGUCAAGAUAACGUAAAUAACUAUUUUGGUACGAAAGAUCAUCAGUUUCCAACAUCACCAGUGAGUCCCACUUUUUCCUAUGCGAGCGAUGGCUUCGAAAAAACAGACGAAGUUGCGGGAACAGAACUCGUCCCUGAUGAAAGCAGGCACACAAUGAUCGGCAUGUAUGAGACAUUAGAGGCAGAGACAAACGCUAAGAUAUUUAAAGUUACAGAAGACGCUUCAGAGUCACGUAACAGUGAAGGCAACACGCAGAAUUCUCAUAUGGAUCCUAAUAACAUUAUUAAGAACAAAAACCAUAAAAAUCUAUGCGUUGUUCUGAGUCAAAAUGACACCAUAUUAGAAGUUACACAUCUCUAAUGUAUGUUAUCAAUCAUGGUACCAUUGUCAUUUUUGUGUUUCGGGAAUGAACAUUUAAUCAAUAGUCAUUAGCGCCCAGCAAACGAUAUAAUGAAAAUUAUUUUUUAUACGUAAUCAGUAUUAACACUGUAAAAUUGUUCUUAUGUACUGACAACAUUCAUAACAUAUUCAACUACACGUCAAAAUGAAAUUGUGAUAAGUAUGUAAUUUUAAUCAUUCAAAUCUGCUGCUGUCUAAUGUUAUUGAGAGAAGACACCUUAUUAUUUAAACUAUUUAAACAUCUUUAUGUAAAAUCAUUCAAAUUUACUGACACCAGUUAUACCACAUUCUUUUUGAACUACAUGUCAAACAAUGUUGUAAUCAUUGUGUAAUUAUAUUAAUUCAAAUUUUCUGCUGUCUAAUUUUAUUGAGAAAAGACACCUAAUUAUUUAUAAUCUUUAUGUAAAAUCAUUCAAAUGUACUGACAACAGUAAUAUCAUAUUCUAUUUAAACUACAUGUCAAAAAAUGUUAUAAUUGUGUAAUUAUAUUACUUCAAAUUUGCUGCAGUCAAACGUUAUUAAACAAAGACACCUAAUUAUUUAAACUAUUUAAUUCACGAUUCUCUAUGGAAUCUCCCCUGUGAGAUAUAUUCAUAAACUGUAUAUUUCGUCAGCUGAUAUCUUUAGUAUGAUUUUAUACUUUGGUAUACUUAAUAAAGAUGCCCUCUGUUAAAUCGCAGGGUAGGCAAUUAUCACA